CGCUCCCGCGCGUGUGUGCUCGUGUUUACAGUGUGAGGAGACCGGCCGCGGCGUUUCCUCCAGCCGCUGAUUUACAUCUUAUUUCGCUCUGUUCUGACUUUUGAAUAAAGAAAAUGAAAGUUGUUGCGUUGAUAAGUGGUGGCAAAGACAGCUGUUACAACAUGAUGCAGUGUGUUGCUGCAGGACACAAAAUAGUAGCACUUGCCAACCUUCGACCAGCUAAAGCUGAUGAAAUUGACAGUUACAUGUACCAAACAGUGGGUCAUCAGGCCAUUGACCUGUACGCAGAGGCCAUGGAUCUCCCACUGUACAGGAGGACCAUAGAGGGCUCUAGUCUGGAAACUGGAAGAGAGUACAACCAGAAAGAAGGGGAUGAAGUUGAAGAUCUGUACCAUUUACUCAAGCUUGUUAAGGAGAAGGAAGGUGUUGAAGCUGUAUCAGUUGGGGCCAUUCUGUCUGACUACCAGAGAGUACGUGUGGAGAAUGUGUGCACCAGGUUGCAGCUCCAGUCUUUGGCGUACCUGUGGCAGCGGGAUCAGGCGGCUCUACUGAACGAGAUGAUAUCCUGUGGCCUCCACGCCCUCCUCAUCAAAGUGGCUGCGUUCGGCCUGGAUCCUGGAACACAUUUAGGAAAACCUCUGGCUGAGAUGGAACCCUGUCUGCAGCAGCUUUCAAAGAAGUAUGGCGUCCAUAUAUGUGGUGAGGGGGGCGAGUAUGAGACUUUUACCACAGACUGCCCUCUCUUCAAGAAAAGGAUAGUCAUUGAUAAGAUGGAAACGGUUAUCCACUCAGCAGAUGCAUUCGCUCCCGUUGGAUACCUGCGAUUCACAGAAAUGCACACAGAAGACAAAGCUAACGGUUCCACAGAGCGUGCUCUGCCCCUUGGUAGUUGUCCUUGCCAGAGUGCCAUUGACAAGAUGACUGAAGAGGCGGUAUAUGCUGAUAAAACCCAAGACAUCCAGGAAGAAUUUACAUCAAAUGCAUGCCGGCCCUGGUGCUCAGCCAGAAGCUCUGUGGGCUAUCAGUGGAUCACUGGCAUCAGCGGCCUUCCUUCUGAACACACAGACGUCCAGGGCCAAACCCAGCAUGCUUUCACUCAGCUGCAAGGUGAAUUGCAGGAAAGAGGUUAUCAGUUAAAGCACAUUGUGCUAGUUCACUUGUAUGUGAGGAACAUGGAGGACUUCGCUAAAGUCAACUCAGUGUACCGCUCCUUCUUCAGCCUCAAUCCACCAGCCAGGGUAUGUGUCCAGACUUGUCUGCCUGCGGGUCAGCUCUUGCAGAUGGACGUUUUGCUCCAUGACUGGACUCUGCCUCCUGAAGAUGGCUACUUCCACCAGAGGGACACCCUACAUGUCCAGAGCAUGUCUCACUGGGCUCCAGCCAACAUCGGACCCUACAGCCAGGCUGUGAGGGUGGAUGAAGCUGUGUUCUGUGCAGGGCAGAUAGCUCUGGUCCCCUGCACCAUGCAGAUACUGUGUCAGGGUCCAACCUCCCAGGCCCAGCUGUGCUACAGCCACAUGGAGAAAGUGCUGGGUGCCAUGGGCCCAAACCUUACUCUAGGCCAUGUGCUGCAGGCCCACUGCUAUGUUACCCACCACAAACACAUACCAGCAGUCAGAAAGGUCUGGAGCAGCAAGCUACAGGAUAAGUAUGAACAGGUGGCCUGUUAUGGUGCAGAGGAGACUGAGGACACUCCUCUGGUGGUUGCAGUGGUACCCUCUUUACCCAGAGGAGCAGCAGUGGAACUGCAUGUCAUUGCUGUGCAGGACGAUCCUUUGGAAAGGACGUUCUGUCACCAAACUUCAGAGGUCCAAGGAGGAGAAAUCAAGUGGGCCUUGCUACAGUCCAGCAGCGGGCAGUUUGCCACACUGUCUCUCACUGUGUCCCUCACUAGAUCGUACACAAGUCCAGAGUCCAUGGACUCCAAGGACAUUCUGCAGGCACUGGGCACCUCCUUCCAGCAAGCUCUAGCGCAAAUGAAGAAGGCUCUCUCUUCUUUAUGUGCCAGGGUCUUCUACAAGAACAGCAGCAAGUUGGCCAGAGAGUUCUCUACAGGGCUGGAGGGCUGCUUAGAGAGCGUGCUGGGUCAGAGCAGGCCAGCACUGGUUCUGGUGCCCGUGCUGGAGUUGCCAGACUACGCUGUCCUCCACCUCUCCUGCUGGCUCAGCACAUAAUGAACAAAGAAGACCAUGCACACCGACCUCAGGCUGUGCUGCGCUAACCGACACACACACAGUGACAGGAGAUGACGAAGGCUAUGUAAGAAUAUGUACACAGAGAACUUCACUAGACCCCAUUUAUCCUUGGAAAGCCAAACAAAAUAACUGUCUUGGAGCAUGAGAGACAGCAAUGUAUUCUAUGUAAGUUACAGAGCGAUUUGCUUUGUAUCUGUCUUUCUAAUUGUAUGUAUAAUAAUAAAUAUUCUAUUUCCAGAAAAACA